ACGUGUGUGCCUGCGCACUGACGUCAUCACACAAACAUGGAAGUCUGUGCUGUUCCUUCAAUGCCGCGAACAAUAUAACUGUGGCAGACUAGAGAGAUAGAUCAUUGCUAUGGCUGAGAAAUGCCCAAAGUCAAAACUAAAAAGAAAGAAAUUGUCUAUCGAGGAGCCCCUAACUGAUAUAUUUUUCAGGAACACGCUGAUAAAGAACAAGGAAAGUUCCAGUGCAUCGAUUGAAAGCAUGAGUUCAACGAGACCUGUGGUCCCUACAGAGACGUGGUGGUCCAGAGGGGACCUGGCUGCAGUUGAGAGUCUCUGGGCCCUGGCUCUGAGCUCUGCUCUUCCCUGUCUGGAUGCUCACCCCUGGGACCCAGUCCCUGACCUUCCAACAGCCUCCACACUGAGCUCUAAUGUAGACCAGCAGAUUGAAUGGAGAUGGUGUAGCCUCAGUGAGGACAUGACUCCCUUGCCCUCCUCUCCCUCUCCUCCUCUGAGUACUCCCACGGCCCCACACUGUUCCACCACAGACUCUCCUCUCAAUCCUUCUCUUGGACUGGAAAAGACUCUCCUCCCAGUCCCAGUACAGACUAGCCAGACAACAUCCACCAUCAAUGGCCCUCCUUCGAAGUCUGCUCCCUGUCUUGAGGGGCCCAGAGAGGGGACCAGUAGUAGUGGUGCUGGCUGCCCCAGACCACAAAGUCUGGGAGCCCAAGUGCCUUCUAGCUACGGAAGGGGAGGCCCGUGGAGUGGAGAGGGGAAUAGCAGAGUGUCAUCCAGAAAGGACACAAAACGAGGGGAAGGAGGGCAAAACACUGCAGCGGCCAGACCCCACCCUACAGCCAGGCGACCAGGAGGAGAGAAGGAGAGUCAUCCCUCUACUCCUCAGCCCUUCAUCAUCAGAGCAGGGAGCGGAGGAUCAUCAUUACCAGCAGAAGCAAGAAAGGGUGGAGGAGGAGUAGGAGAGGAGGGCGAGAAGAGGGGGAUGAAGAGGCUGCAGCUACCUGCAAACCAGGUGGACGCCACGUCCUCUACCUCUGACAGCUGCACUGCUGCUCCCAUGGAGGAGGAGGGGAAGGUGGAGAAAAGGGAGGAGGAGGUGUCUGGGAUGGGCAGAGCUGAUUGGGUUGCUGGCAAAGAAGGAGGAGGAAAGUCAAUGCAGAGCUGCCCCAUGUGCCUGGUGCCGUUCCCAGCUGGGUUCACGCAGAUGGACUGUGACAGCCACCUGGCCAAGUGUCUGUCGGAGAUGACCGUCGACAUGACCUGGUGAUAGUCCACAGAGUCUUCUUCUGACACCAAGGAUGGAUGGAGGUCGUGUUCACUAGGCACAAAACAGAAGAAAAAUGGACCGAAUUGGGGAGGUGCUAUCGGAACUUGUCGAAUUUAAAAUGCUUGUUUUUGCCAUCCGUCACAAAAAGUUUUGCAACAGUGUGCUCUAAUGAGGAGUUAUUUUCACUCCACCCUGUUGUUUGGCUAGUUGGACGUUUUGAUUCAAACUCCAGUGGUAUCUAUCCCCCUGUGAUGGACGGCGGGUGCAGACAACGGUAAAAUACAGUAUCUGAUUCUACUGAUCAUCUAGUCUUCAGUCGUGGGUUUAAUUUGUAGAAUCUUGUGUUACGGUUGGCUGGAGCAAAAACCCACACCUACCCUUUGUAAGAUUUACUGACUUACUGUCCCACCUCCGCCCCUUUUCCCACCAACCUAUCAUCAUGCACUACAAGGUUGGAAUCAUAGAGAUGGAUAGAGGGCACACCUGCCACUAAGCAUUAAUGAGGUGUACCACUUCCCAUCGCUAUGGUUUGAAACAAUCUCUGAUGUGUCCCAUAUUGCUUCAUUCAGAUACACAUUUUGUUCUCUCCUCCGCUCCUAACUGCAUAUGCUGCCAUAGAAGUAGAAUGAAUAGAACGGGCGUCCCCAUUCAAGUCAACAAAAGUAU